CUGCUGCUCGCUGGAGUCGCUUGCGCUUACGCCUGCCUUUUCGCCUCGCUGCAGGACGAGGGGCGAGGGUGGAGGAGCAGCAGGGCUGCGCAGCGAGGCCGGCCAAAAGGACAUUCGGCGCCGUGGGCCCGCCGCCCUCCAGCUGAGCAGGGAAGGCAUCGGCGAGGGAGGCGGUGGAGGAGGAUCUUCUCUCACGUCAAAAAGAGAGCAGGGAAAGCAUAAAUUAAAGGCAGGAGGAGAAGAGAAGGGGGAAGGCGCAGGGCUUUCCAGCCGCACAAAGGAAGAGGCUUCAGAAAGAAGAAAGCUUCGGUCUUCUGACGGAGAGGGAGAGCAAGGCAUCCAGUGAGCGUGCCUGUGGGCUCGCGAUAAAUAGCGGCGGCUUGAAGCCGAGGGAGAGCAUCAGGUGCUCUUGCCACCACAGCCCGCCGUUGUGAGAGCUAGCGUUGGAGGUGGCGAUGGCGGCAUUGCAAGAGCAGCAGGAGGAGGACCGCGACGAGGGCGAGGGCGGGAAAGACGACGACGAGGAGUCAGAGGAUGAUGGGAUGCAAAGCUCCAAGCGCAAGGAGACGGGGGGAUGGAGCAAACGGAGAAAGCGGCCGACCGCGUGCUCCCAGCCGUUUCCUUCUUCUUCCAUGCCGCGCGCUCCCUCGGCGCGGGGAGAGAUCAUCGGUGGGCCGCUUGUUUGCUCAGCUUCCCUUGCCAUUCCCACCCAACCGCCUCGACCCGCCCUAGCUGCGUGCGGUGGCGUGACGGCGGACGCCGACGCCGGGCUAGCUCCACCUCCACGUCGUCUCGGGUGGCCCUGGCAGCCACGCCCACGCUGGUGAUCACUCUGGGACGAACGCAGAGGGGAUUUUGUUUUUGUUUUGUUCUUUCUUUUACGCACUUUGCGGAGUGCGGAGAGCAGGAGCAAUGGUGACUUGAAUGAGGGGCUGGGCCAGGUUCAAACCGUGGCCUGCCAUGAUGGGCCGGGGCUGUCGACCUGCACCCUGGAGUAGCAUGAUUUCGUUGGACGGAUCAAAUCAUAUCCAGUCUGAUUGGAUGUCUGCGUGCCUGCGUAUAGAUAGAUGCAUGCUAAUAGUAUUAAAAUAACUUAUUUUAUAACUACUCAUACAACAUGUGACUUUCACAUAUGGAGCUUGUUCGGCUGCCAUUUUCAUCCAGCUGCAGCUGCAAACAAACACUGUUCCUACAGCAGCAAGCAGCAGGCGGCUGCAGCAGCUGCCACUGUAGAAACUAGCAGCCGAACAAGCCGCCACUGUAGAAACUAGCAGCCGAACAAGCCGAUGGUGUCCCAAUGUUAUAUGGCCGUGUCAUAUUAAAUCAAUGUUCCUCUGAAGGAAACACAGACAAUAUAUGUCCAAAGCCUAAGGAUAUGUGAAAAUCUACACUUAUAUGUCAGGGAUUAUAAGUUAGAAGCCUUGUGGACAAAAAAAAAGGUUCUGAGCUAGGUGAUUAGGUCCAAGACACCAUGUCUAGGAAGAAGGAUGUUCAUGAUUUGAAAUCUAAAUUUACUUCGUUUAGCAGAAAAAAACAUUUUAUUUUCACUUCUAAGGCCGUAUAUUUCCCUUUUCUGCUCAUGUAUUGCAAACAGUUUACAAUAUCCUACUUUGCAUAGUAGGCGUUCUACCAGACUAGAUGGUGCUGCCUGAGAACACACCAUUGUAAUAACAUCAUUCCGGUCUGAUUAUUGCCAGUUAUCUGAACGUUUCU